UCACCAACGUCCCCAAGAAAGUAUGAAAGAACCCCGGAUUUUCCCUAGAGAGCGGNCAACUCCUUGGACUCGUGCUCCAUUGCCACCUCGAGGACGGCUGGACGGAGGGCCUGUUAUGAACGCAGGCCACCCAAUGGGUGUGAACUCAGAUCCUUUCCUUAUGGCAGCAGGUUCUCUUGGUGGAAACCUGGCUCCAUUUCCAAGGAAUCCAGCUCCUUUCCCAAAUCCAUCAGGCUCGUUGGCNUCAAAUCCAGCACACUUUGCUGCUGGUGCUCGCGACCCAAGCAUGACUUCUUUCCCAAGAGGGAUGAAUCCCACUGGCACAGGUGCAGUUUCUUUCCCAAGGCCAGGAGGCCUGUUGGGACCAGGACCAGGACCAGGUUUAAACCCUAGAACAGGGGCUCUUCCAGGCCCAGGGCCUAUGUCUAACCCCAGAUUAGGAGGGCUUCCUGGACCCGGCCCUCUGGCCAACCCAAGGGCAGGAGGACUCCUGGGAGCAAGUCCUGACCCUAGAAGUGGUGGNCCCAUGGGCCCUGGAUGUGGACCCAACAUGAGGGCAGGUGUUUUGUCCUCUGGGACUGGUCCUCCCAAUCCUAGGCCAAUUGGCCUGGGUCCUGGACCGAGUCCAAAUCUAAGAUCAAGCUUUUUAGGUACAAACCCAGCCCCUAGGUCGGGUAUGUUUCCAGGCCCGGGCCUGGGGCCCAACCCACGAGCAUGUGGCUUAGGACCAGGUCUUGGGCCCAACCCAAGAGCUGGUGGCCUNGGCCCAGGCCCAAAUCUGGACAACAGAGCAGGUGGCCUCUUGGGUACAGGAUCUGGUCUUAACUUAAGAAUGGCUGGACCUCAAGGCUUAGAUCUUGCCCCCAUCCUGCGGGCAGCAGGUCUUUUAGGGACAAAUUCAGUUUCUUUUUCCCAGGCUUCUGGAAACAUGGGNACAAACCCGCCUACCAUGACAAGAGUACCUGGCCCCAUAGGCGCAAACACAGGUCCUAGCUCUCGAGGACUUGGCCUUCCAGGGCCAAAUCCCUCUCCCAUGUCAAGGGCUCCUGGNCCCAUGGGUCCUAAUUCAGCUCAUUUCUCAAGACCAGGUGGCCCCAUGGGGGUAAAUGCUGGAGUCUUUCCAAGGGGGACAGGAUCAGGAGGACUGAACCCAAAUGCCUUCUCUCAGUCUUNUGGCACAUUGGCCUCAAAUCCAGGUACCUUUCAGAGGUCUGCUGGCCUCCAGGGCUCAAAUCAAGCAGUUUUCCCAAGAGCCUCUGGGCCAUUAGGCCCCAACCCAGCUAACUUUCCAAGGGCCACUGGCCUGCAGGGUCCAAGUCCAGCUGCCUUCCCAAGGUCUGCUGGCCCAUUAGGCCCAGGUCAAGUUGCUUUCCCCAGGUCAGCUGCUGGGCACCUGGGCUCUUCUCNAGCAGGCCCUGUGGGUAUCAACCCAGCUCCUUUUGCAAGACCAACNGGGACCCUGGGCCUUAACCCAGCUUCCUUUCCAAGGAUGAAUGGCCCUGUAAACAAGACUUUAGUCCCAUUUCCUAGGGUAGGCAGCCUCCCUGGCUCAAAUGCAGCUGCUUUCCCCAGACCAGGGGGUCCAAUGGCUGCAAUGUACCCAAAUGGAAUGUUACCCCCUUAAAUACCAUUUUUCUUCCAG